UAAAUACACAACAACCAGACAUGCCAGAUGGAGCAAAAUUGUUGUUCACAAACAUGACAAAGUGGAAGGAACUGAAGGUGAUAUUCGAUAAGGAAAAAGCCGCAGCUGUGGAGAAUGAAGCGAUUUUGGCAGAAGGAAUCCCUCGGUUGGACUGGGGUUAUCGUGACGAUGCUCUUGCUAGAUAGAGUGUUCGAGAUAGUCUCCAGAGCCAUGAGUAAAGUCCGUGGUCAGAACAAAGGAGGAACCAAGCCUCAACAACCCGUAGGAUUCCUGGGAGAAGUCAUGCUGAAGAAUGGCAGAGAAUUAGGAGAAGAUUCAACGUUUGGUACGGCGAUGGUCGAGAUGGGCGAAUCGCUGAGGCAACUGUCUGAAGUCAAGGACGCCUUUGAUCUGAACGUCAGACAGAACUUCCUGGAUCCCCUGGAUCAUCUCAAGAACAAAGAUCUGAAG